AAAAUCAGGAUGGUUUUCUUGUCAUUUUCUGCUUUACGCGAAACGCCGAGAAUCCACAGACAAGACCCCUACCCUCCGCCAUAGACAAACUUAGUUAUCUCCCUACAAAAAAAGAAAAAAAAAACUCCUAAAAGCAAUCGCACAGCGCCACCGAGAACCGCCGGUUUCUUGCAUAUCACUGCGGCCCCCGACGGCAACGAUGUGGGUAGAAUGGGACUGUCCUCAUCAAGAACCCCAACAGUCGGACCAAGAUUCUCACCUUAAUUUCGACUUCCUUUCUCUUCUUUCCAAACCCAAGGAUUAUUAUAAGAUAUUGGAAGUGGAUUACGAUGCUACGGAGGAUGCUAUUCGCUCCAAUUAUAUCCGUCUCGCGCUGAAAUGGCACCCAGAUAAGCAAAAGGAGGAUGGAAAUAGCGCCACUUCCAGAUUUCAAGAGAUAAACGAGGCUUACCAAGUUCUCAGUGAUCCAGACAAAAGGAUAGAAUAUGAUAAGAAGGGGAUGUUGCAUGUGUAUGACUAUGACAUAAUUGAUUACCUUAACCGUUACAAAGGCCUUAUAUUGACAUGUAAUGGUCUAGGGAUUAGGCAAUCAAUUUGGUAAGCCUGAGCGGGAGGAACUGUGGUCCCUUCUUUUGUAUAUUUGUUAUGAUGCUCGAACUGAGAGGCCCAGGUUUGUUGAUAUUGCAAACAGUGCAGUCAGGGAUGAGGCCAAGCCUGAAUGUGUUACAUGUUAUAUAUUGGUUGUGUAACAUCUUAUGCUUGUCCAUCUUAUGAGGGUAUGACCAAUUGUCCAAUGCUUGCUUGUUAAUUUAGUAGGGUUGUAGUCAUUGGUAACUUGUUAGCUCGGAGCAAUUUUUAUGGUACCAAACUACCAAUCUACUGUUACUAGGCACUAGCUAGUUAAUAGAAUGGAAAGUGCCCUUUUUCUCUGUCAAUUGUCUUAGUAACUUUGUUAGUGCAAGUAUUAAUGUUAAGCCUAUUAGGUAGUAGUAGCUUAAACUUACCCAAUCCAAAUUAAGAGUAACUUGUUAUCUUAAACCAAAUCCAUGUAAAAAUGACGUUAAAAUAUGAGGGGUUCUAUCACUCUUCUAGAAUCAGGCACUUGGGAUCACUUCCCUCUUCCUAUCAAUGGCACUGACAAUGCUUUCAUUUGCAGCAACAUUGCUGUUGAUUAUUCAUCUAAAUUCUAAAUGGUCGAUGGACUAUAACUCUAAUUUACAUAGUUGUAUUCCUUCUGGUCGACGUCUUUGCUCUCUUGCAGUUCCCUGAGAAUAUUGCCCUUACAAGCACCUUGAAAUUCUCUUCAGGAUUAUCAAGAAAGUUUUUCCCUUGAAUUUUGCCUCUCUCCUUUAGAAUCAUGGCACUGCGAAUUAUGUACUCCAAAGGUUGUCCUAGCUAGUAUUGUAUUAUUGUGAUGCUUUGGUACCGAGACAAGAUAAAAGAGUAAAUCAACUGUGUUUUCAAUAUUUGUAAUAAUUCUAUUUAAUGAGAACAUAUGUUUUGUUAUUGAUGAUCGGUCCAGGCAUGACUACAGAUGGAUAGACAGAUAUAUAGCCAUAUGGGUGAUAAUUGCUUAUGGAAAUUGAU